AUGGCACCUCCUACCCCACUCUCUGACCCCAACAAGGUUGCUCUUCUGCUAAAUUACAAGGGCGAAGCUGUGGAGACUGAGCCAGCACUGGGGCCUGUUCGUCCAUCUGAGGUGAGGGACAUUGGAGAGAGAAGGGAGCUGGACCACAUGCGGAAACAGCCUCAGGAGACUGUGGUGGCCACAGGGACUGAGAACCUUAGGAACCCUCGGCCGGGCUUCAUAAAGUGCUUGCUGGAGGUGGAGGAGGAGGAGGCCAUGCAUCGGAGGGCCACCAAGGCCCGGGCCCUGCCAAACCGGAAGACCCCAAGGACCCUGACCCCUGUGCCCACCUCAGCCCCAAGCUUGCCUCUGGCCCUGUCUCACACCCCUGCCAUGACCCCAUCCUGGGCCCGGCUGCCAGCCCCUGGGCCAGUCUCUGCCCCGGUGGGAGCCCCAGUCCCAGCUUCAGUGCCCGUCUCAGUUCUGCCGGUCCCCACCUCAGACCUGGGCUGGAGAAGGACAGAACUUUUGCACCACAGCGGGGAGAGGAGACUGAACUACCCCAAGGCACGGCAGGAGCUGGAGGAGCACUAUCUCCUGAAGAUGUAUCAGACCUGGGAGGAGAGGUCCGAGGAGCACCUCACACUGAAGCAAGAAGAAGCCUUCCGCAGCUACUUUGAGAUCUUCAACGGUCAUGGCGAAGUGGACGCACAGAGCCUGGAGAACAUCCUGCUCCUUGUGGGCAUCUCCCUGACACCAGCCCAGGUGGAGGAUGCCCUGACAAGUGCUGAUGUCGAUGGAGAUGGUCACGUGAACUUCAAAGACUUUUUGGCCGUGCUGACAGACACCAAGCGCUUCUUCUGCUCUGUGGAACAGAAUGCCCUGACGGACAUGGUUCCCCCAAACCCUGACACUCUGCUCUUUGAGAUCCUGUCCCUGCUGGUAGAGAUGCUGGCCCUACCCGAGGCAGCCUUAGAGGAGAUCACCAGCUAUUACCAGAAGAAGCUGAAGGCAGGCACCUUUAAGGCCCGAGAGAUGGAAUCGGCCACAGGCCGGCUGCGGUCCCGGAAGAAGCUUGCCUACAAUUCCCAGCAGGCAGACAUCCUGGAAGUCCCAGAACGAAGAGUCCUCAGGAUCCUGAGCCAACUGAAGCAGCAGAACUACGCUGCCAACCUGCAAAGCCCCUACGCCCAGGUGCCUUGCAUCCCGCUCUGUCCACAGCUGGACAAGAAGACGGCCCGACGGAAGCAGGGCAGCCACUAUGUGCUGGACCAGUGCACCCCCACCAGCCUGGGCCCUGACAUCCGUAGCCUCUUCUUCCACUCUGGAUCUCAAGGAAGCAGGGAAUCCAGCUCUGACAGCCGAAGAUGGCUCAGCUCUGUGCCAGCUCGAACCCACUGA